GAGCCUGUCCCCGGCCAUUUCCAGCGCAACCCGCGCACCAAGCUUCUGCAUGAUCCCUACAUCCGGGACUGGGUUCAUUACCUGGUGGACGAUGGUCUGCGCUGCGCAUCGUGGUUAUCGCGGUAUGCCGCGCAGAACAAGUACCACAUCCCAGACGAGCGCCACCGAAGCGCCUUCGAACUGGCCUUUGACACAAACACCCCCUGCUACGACUACUACCACCAAACCGACCCGCGGCGCGGCCAGCGCUUCGACACCGCAAUGGAGGGCUACUUCCGCCUGAACGCGCCCACGCCCCUCGAAGAGAUCAUCGACCUCCGCGCCCUCUGCCCGGAAGAUGCGCUGGUCGUCGACGUCGGCGGCGGUCGCGGCCAUCACUCCCUGCGUCUGGCGCAGAGAUACCCGCGCAUGCGCUUCAUCGUGCAGGACUACGCGGACAAAGCCCCGAGCAGCACGUCCAGCAUCGCUCCCGACCCCCGACUCCGUGAGCGGGUGAGCUGGACCAAGCAUGAUUUCUUCGGUGAGCAGCCCGUCCGUGGGGCGGCGGUGUAUCUGCUCAGCCAUAUCCUGAUGGAUCAUCCUGAUCGG